UUUAUUGUCAAAAUAUUUACCCUCGAAAGGUUGCGCUAAGAAUUUAUGAUUUUUAAAAUUUUUUUAUUUAUCUGUGUUUACAAAACCACUACGACGAACCGCCGGCAAAAAUAUGGAGACUACGUCAGCGCCAUGCCGCAAGGGGUUGUCGGACGUUGGAGGAGCGACGACGCCAUUUUCAGUUGCGCCGUGUUGUGUCGCCGUGGCCGCGGGCUCCGACUGGCAGUAAAGAAAACAUGGGCAGGAAGAAGAAAAAGCAAAUGAAACCUUGGUGCUGGUAUUGCAACAGAGAUUUUGACGAUGAAAAGAUUCUCAUUCAGCAUCAGAAGGCAAAACACUUCAAGUGUCACAUCUGCCAUAAAAAGUUGUACACCGGGCCUGGCCUUGCAAUCCACUGCAUGCAGGUUCAUAAAGAAACCAUUGAUGGGGUUCCCAAUGCAAUACCUGGUAGAACAGACAUUGAAUUAGAAAUCUAUGGCAUGGAGGGUAUUCCAGAGAAAGACAUGGAGGAAAGGAGAAGAGUAUUGGAGCAGAAAACCCAAGAGUCACAGAAAAAGAAACAGAACCAAGAUGAUUCAGAUGAGUAUGAUGAAGAUGAGGAGCCUGGCCCCUCCUUCCAACAGCCUGCUGCUGCCCAGCCUCAGGCAGGCUACAUGCCCCCAAUGACCCAGCCUGGCAUACCCCCUGGGAAUGUUGCUCCUGGUGUGCCACCUGGCAGCUACUCAGGAAUGCCCCCAAUGAUGCCAGGUGUGCCCCCUAUGAUGCCAGGGAUGCCCCCUGUAAUGCCAGGAAUGCCACCAGGUAUGAUGCCAAUGGGUGGGAUGAUGCCUCCAGGUCCAGGGAUGCCCCCAAUGAUGCCAGGAAUGCCACCAGGGAUCCCCCCUCCAGUGGGCCACCGUCCGGGCAUGACACAUGUGGCUCAGGGUCCCCCCACAGUAGGGCCAACCAUGCUGACUCGACCUGCCAUACCUGUAGCCACUGCCCCUUCUUCCCAGCCUGCUGUCACCAAACCCCUUUUCCCUAGUGCUGGACAGAUGGGGAAUCGGGUUGCGAGCCCAAGUACAAGUGCGGGCUCAUCGAGUGUAGACUCUCAGCCCGCCUCCACUAAAGCUCUGUUCUCUAGCACAUCACAAAGCCAGCAGACAGUGUCAGGGACCCCCCACCCAACCCCGUCUACUUCCUCUGACCCCGCCAAACCCACAUUCCCAGCUUAUACCCAGGCCACUGUCUCAGUGGCCAGUCCCAAUGCCAGCAGCACCACUGUCUCCAAGCCUCCCUCUACUGUGACCAGUAAGCCUGCAACCCUCACCAUCUCCAGUGCAACCAGUAAGUUGAUCCACCCUGAUGAGGAUAUCUCACUGGAAGAGUUGCGUGCUCAACUGCCCAGGUACCAGCGGAAUGUUCCCUGCCAAGGCCAGCCUGCUGUUCCUUCUCCACCAGUUGGUCCCAUGGGGGGCGGUAUGAUGAGUCCUCAACAGCCUGGCAUAAGGCAUCCCAUGCCUGGCCAGUACAGUGCUCCACCCCAGGGAAUGCCAGGCUUCAUGCCAGGGGCGAUGCCUCCAUAUGGGCAGGGUCCCCCAAUGGUUCCCCCAGGGUAUCAAGGAGCCCCACCACGGCCACCCAUGGGCAUGAGACCCCCUGUUAUGUCUCCUGGAACCCGCUACUGAAGCCCGCUCUACUCUCUACUAUAGGUUUGGACACUCCACCCUUUUCUUAAUGUCCUCAACUGCUAGUAGACAAACCAGUAUUGGUAACAUAGUACAACAAUGUACUGUACAUUCUACUCGCAAUAUGAGGAAGAGACACUGAAUAAACGGCAAACAAAAGAAAUCUAUAGAAGCAUCCCACAGCGCAUGGGACACAAUAUUUACACUGUACCUAUUGGAGACUAUGAACUAUUGUUGCAAACCAUCCUUGUCCUGUGGUUUUUUUUUUCCUUAUGUUUCAUUUAGGUGUGUAGAAGUGUAGUAGAUAUGGUUCGUAGUGUUGUGAAGGCGCUGGAGUUACAUGAGCAGUACCCACCUUUUAUCAAGGCAAGUUUUUGUGAAUCCAUUAUUGUUUUAAGCAAAGUGGUGAGGCCUUCACAGCACAUUUAGGUGCUGUUGGACUUUGUGUCCCCAACUUUGUUUGGUGAGGGCUUCAGAUAAUUGUAUAGUCAUUCACCGUUUUGUGUUACGUUCCACGAUAUUUUAUUACGUAACUGCUUCCCAAACCACAGAUAUAUCAAAUGCAUACAAUUACCGAAUGAAUUUGUUUAUGUAAUGUUGUAAAACUGUAUUGUAAUAAAAUGUGCCGCAAUUUUAAGACUCUUCUUUGCGGGACGUUGUGGGAAAGAGACCCCUCAGAGCAGGUUUGUACUCAGUCAUGUAUGAUGGACCUUGUGAUUGUGGUGGUUGGUUUGUUGUGGCCCAAGGGUCAACUGGGCAAACCAAACCUUCAUGCAAGUUGUAUCAACUCUUUUGUUGGGCUGAAGUUAAAAAAAAAGAGGAUGGUUUUGUUUGUUUUUGUUUUUUGUUUUUGCAUAAUUUCAGGAUUUUAAGAUGUUCUAUUGCAUUAUUAUUAUUAUUGAAUGUUGUGUUUUUGUUUUAAAUUGAACUACAUGGCAUUGGGGAUACUUGCUUCUAAUGUGUUGAGUGUAUUGCAUAGCUACGAAGGUCUCAGGGUACCAGAAGCUACAGUGCUAAAACCAAGAUUUCUCUUCUCCCUGUAGCUAUGCCAUGGGGGACUGGCUGAGGCCCUGUCUCAGUGUAGCCCUGUUUCAGCCUGAGGCAAGUCUCACCAUUUUCUGUCUUUUCAUUCAUAACCAGGGGCCCUCACAGCUUACAAGCUGUUGGAUCUCAACAUCCCCAAACUUGCAGCAAGUUUGGUGAAGGCCCUUGUGUGUGUUGUUGCGUGUAGGCACCAUUUUCUUCCAGCAUGUUAGCUGAUGUAAAAUGAACAUUUUCUUGCUAUGCCAUUGUGUCAUUGAACUUGUGUCCUUCAUUUCAAAAAUCUGUUUUCAUUAAUAGCUCUUAAUUAAGUUAAACACCUUCGUAGACCAUAGCUAGGCCUGUAUUCUGAGUUAGUUCUCGAAACGACUUCUUCAGUGUCAAAUAAUUUUGUUGAAUUCCCACAUAAGAGCACUACAUCAGCAGCCUGCCAUCUCCAGCCAGAAAGUCAUUGUAUGUAUUUUGGGAGGCAUUUCCCUGUAAAAUUAGACCCUAUACUCUUGUUAAUUGGUUUUGCCACCUAAUCCUGUCUGUUUUGUCAGCUUUCCUCACUUGGUCAUUUGCAUUUAACUACUUAGAUGAAGGGGAAUUCCUGCCAGUAACAGGUUAGUUACAGCUGUAAGUACCACUGCUUUUUGCACACAUAAUUUGAAGAAUUGGAAGGAUUGUGAAGAACGUCAUGUGUGGAACCUUUUGGGAAAUAUUUCAAAAGUGAACUGCAGCUCAUUUGAAAAACACUUCAUGUUGUAAUGGUAAUCCAGUCAUUUAGACUGCCUUUAAGCCAAACUCCACUGGUAAGUACAUACAUAGUGAUAGCUCCAUCAAGAACAUUUCAAGCGACGCUGUGUAACUCCACUUAACCUCAUUCUGUGUAAUGUCACAAGGAUUAUAUGGCUUCCUAAAUGCUUCGCAGUGACGUACCUGGUAUCACGAAUGAGCUCCAAACCAACGCUGUAGAACUGCUGAAGAUUUAACUCCUGUGAAAAGAUGUUGAACGUGAAUGCUGACAUGCUGUGUUGUGUUGUUGUUCUUGAGGGUAGGACUAACAUGUUGUUACCCGGGAGGUGUUUCAUAACAGGAAGAGAUUGGGUGGGAAAACUCGAACAUUCAUAAUCAAAAGUAAUAAGCAAGGAUUGGCUCUGCUGUUUAGCCACAUGUAAUUAGGACACCUUUCUCAUUCUGGAUUUAUUUGUGGUGUUCUGCCUCCUUAAGUCUGAAUCUUUAUUGAACUCUGAAUAAACCAUUUAAAAUGU